AUGGAAGAUUCAAUAGCUUCACCUGAUAAUACCAUUGCCAGUACCUCAACACACAGCGACACUGAAGCAGAAAUAGUCAGUAACACAUAUCGCACUAAAGACCACUGGGUGCCUUCGACAAAAAAUGAGGGUCAAAAAGUUUGGAGAUGUUUUCAUUGCAAAGAAAAAACAUUUUCAAUAAAUACCAGUAGAUUACACUUAAAAACUCAUACUCUGAGCUGUUCUUAUUCUCCACUAAGCGAAGGUGAAAUAUUCCAGCAGAUCACAAAAGUAGAAAUGGAUAAAUCAAUAAUUGACUUGGUUGUUAGAACAGGAAUUUCUUUCAGCAUCCUUGAUAACCCAUUAUUCCAUAAAAUGGCUAGAAAUCUUCGUUAUGUUAUAAAUUCAUAUAAGGUCCCACAUUCGACUACAAUAUCACGACACCUUAUUGGCGAUCACUCAACCGUUCAUAAGUGUUAUUACAAUGUUGUUACAGGAUCAUGGAUUAGUGACGAUUGGAAAAUAGUCAAUGUAGUUUUGAGUUUUAAAAAAUCAGGUCAAAUAGCAGUGGAUAUAUUAUCAGUAAUAGAAGGUACCUUAGAAGAGUAUUUCAUUAAGAAUAAGAUCUUUGCGCUUACCAUGGAUAACACCACUACAAAUAAAGCAGUAAGCCGGUUACUCCAAAAUAAGUUGCCGAAUAAAGAGUUGAUAUCAAUAGGAUGCAUGUGCCACAUUCUUAAUCUUAUCGUUCAAGAGGGCUUAAAGGAAAUAAGUUCUUUGCGAGAAAAGAUUCAUAAAGUUAUGAAAUAUUUAGCUAAUCCCUUAGCUAGCGGUAGAUUAGGAGUACUGGAAUCAUAUUGUCAAAUUUCUGGAUUAAAGUUUCUGCAACCUAUUCUUGAAAUAGAUACACGUUGGAACUCUACGCUAGCUAUGUUUAAGAGAUAUAUUCACCUACAUCCAGCAAUUCAUAAAAUGUGCUUAAAGAAAUCAUUGAUGCCCGACUGCUUAGACAAUGAAGACCUUAUAACUCUCAAGUCCUUCUGCCAACUCCUUAAGCUGUUCGAAAGUGCCACGUUAGUUCUUUCUAAAGAACAUUCAAACUCGAUCUCCGAUGCAAUAAUGGUUAUAUUAGAAAUUAGUCAGCAUACUAAUAAAGCUAAUAUGAUCAAAAUAAAAAAAAAAUUUAAUAAAUAUUGGAAUAUAAUUAUUGAUCAUGUCAUAAUUGCGCAUGUACUUGACCCGAGGUAUAAGUUGGAGCACUUAAAGGCGACCUUAAUUGAAGUUGGUAGAUAUAGAGAAAAUGAAGCGGAGCAAAUAUUACCUGCUGAGACUACUAAGACUACUGAGACUGCUGAAAUUGUUGAAAUUAAUGAUGAUUAUCCCAUAUCUAAUAAUUUUUUAUUCCCAAGAAGAAGAAUUUCAAAAAAAAGAAAAUAUGAACAUACGAACACGACUGAAGCCGAAUUAGAACUAUAUGAAAAAGAACCUCUUGAAGAAUUCAUAAGCGAUAAAAGAAAAGAAAAUAAUGGAAUACUAUUUUGGGAAUCGUUGUCAAAAAAAUUCCUAGUACUUAGUAAAAUGGCGCGCGAUUAUCUAAGUGUUAAACCUUCAAGUGUUUCUAGUGAAAGGUCAUUUUCAAGGGCUGGUUUUACGAUCACUAAUGAUAGAGCAACUAUCGGCGAAAAAACUGUUUCUAGUACAAUACUUAUGCAUUCAUGGUUAGUAGAAAGCCAAAAUGAGUUUAGUCCUCUUAAAAAUCUUCCUUAA